GUCCUCUGUAUUCCCAGGACUGUCCAGAGGAGAAGCUCCCAGAGAACCCUCAGGUGACAAAUCAGGGAAUAGAUCUGACUAUUGUUAAAGUGGAGGAUGAAGAAGAGCGGAUGAUGGGCGAUCCCCCGUGUAAGAGUGAGGUGGAGGAGGACAUUCCAGGAGAUGUGAUCACAGGACAUUCAAGGAGGGACUCAGGGGGAAACUUCAUUUUCUCACUAAAUUAUAAAGAAGAAGAUGAAGAUAUCAUGCAGAGCUCGUCAGAAGAAAACCUCAAUGUACACCCAGGCUUUCACAGUCCAGAUCUAUCAUAUAAUCCUAUUAAUGAUGAGGAAACCUUUCCUGACCAAUCACAGCUUAUUACCACAAGUACCGGGCAGAAAGGGGUCAGAAAGUAUCAGUGUGGGGAAUGUGGAAAACUGUUUCCAUACAGCUCAGGUCUUUCUUUACACAGAAGAAGUCACACAGGGGAGAAGCCUUAUUCAUGUUCAGAAUGUGGGAAAUCCUUUACCCGUAAAACGGGUCUUGAUAAACACAAGAGAAUUCACACAGGAGAGAGGCCAUAUUCAUGUUCAGAAUGUGGGAAAUGUUUUACAGACAAAUCAAGUCUUGUUACACAUGGGAGAACUCACACAAGGCAGAAGCCGUAUUCAUGCUCAGAAUGUGGGAAAGGUUUUGCAGAUAAAUCACAUCUUGUUAUACAUGAGAGAAUUCACACAGGAGAGAGGCCAUAUUCAUGUUUAGUAUGUGAGAAACGUUUUACAAAUAAAUCACAUCUUGUUAUACAUGAGAGAAUUCACACGGGAGAGAAGCCGUAUUCAUGUUCAGAAUGUGGAAAACGUUUUUCUGAUAAAUCUAGUCAUUCUACACAUCAGAGAAUUCACACAGGAGAGAAGCCAUACACAUGUUCUGAAUGUGGGAGAUGUUUUAUGCAGAAAUCACAUCUUGUUAGACAUGAGAGAAUUCACACAGGAGAAAAGCCAUUUUCAUGUUCAGAAUGUGGGAAAUGUUUUACAAAUAAAUUAAAUCUGGUUAUACAUGAGAAAAGUCACAAAGGAGAGAAGAUGUAUUCAUGUUCAGAAUGUGGGAGAUAUUUUACAGACAAGUCAAGUCUUGUUAAACAUCAUAGAAUUCACACAGGAGAAAGGCCGUAUUCAUGUUCAGAAUGUGGAAAAUGUUUUAUCUCUAAAGCCAGUCUUAGGCAUCAUCUAAGAAGUCACCAAAGAGAGAAGCCAUUUUGAUGUCUCUAUGUGGAAAAAAAAAAUUCAAAGAAAUCUAAUUUUGAAAUCCUCAUAGAAUUCAUAUAGAAGAAACCAUAUUUUUUUCAGAAUUUGGCGAAAUGUUCUAUACUUAUUCAUAGACAUUAAACAGUUAAUAUGAAAGGUGUUUUGUGUGCGUGGAAUUAACCUGGAUCCGCUAGACACCCAAAUCAUAUUUACCUUAGGUCAGCGGUGACCGGGAUCUAUGGAAGAAAAGUAUUGUGGAUACAAAGAAGAAGAGCCUUGUGAAGCUGAAUUCUCCCCGUGAACAUUGCCUCUUCUUACUGUAUUCUUGUGUCCACCCACACUGCAGGAGACUCCAGACUGAACUUGUAAAAAAGGACGGACACCCCAUAGAUUGUAUUGUGUUUUUGUUUUUUUUACAUGAGAACAUCUGAGUAUUUGAACUUCAUUAAAGCACUAGAUAAAGAUAAAUGUGAUAGAAUCCCCCAAAAAAAAAUUUAAUUUGCAGUAACUGGUUAAACAAAAAAAAUUGUAAAAAAUGUACAGAUAUGCAAUUUCAGCCUGUGGCUCAAAUACCUGGUUUCAAACUAACAUGGCCGAUAGGGCUGCAGUAAACAAUUAUUUAAGUAAUCGCGUAUUCUAUUAUUUUUUACGAUUAAUCAAGUAAUCUAAUAGGAAAACCCUUAUAAUAACGUAUUGCUUUAUAAAAAUGUCCUCCUUUCCUAGUGCCUCCUAUGCCGUCCACCAUGUCCCCCACUCCCCCAGUGCCAUCAGAUCAGCAACCCCUCCAUGCCUUGUUUCCCAGUGCAGAAAAACUGCAUCAAGGAUUUUUCUGCCUCGAUUAAAUCGAUGAAUCGUUUCAGCCCUAGUGGCCGAUAAGAUAAGUCACAAGUCCAUUUGGUCAGACCUAUAAUCCCUCCACUUUGUUGAUCCAGAGAAAGUCAAAGACUCUUAGAAGGUGGUUGCCAAUAAGACCAUAUUGGGGUAUGUUCACAGGGCAGAUUUUGGCACUUAAAAUCCAUAGUGGUUUUUGCCUCAUUUGAUCACUUUGGCUGCUGGAGACUCACUCGCAGUCUAGCCCCACUGAAUGGAGCUAAACUGCAACUGGACACCUGCCACAGCUUAAAGCCGCAUCUGUCGGGUCACUGCGCCAAGAAGGGACGUGUUGCGGGGUUAAACCACUGGCCACACGCACCGCAGCGCUGCC